CUGUAAUUCCUACCUAACCUUUACAGCCAUUGGAGAACGUCUCAUACUCGACGAUAAGAACUCUUAAGGUCUGGAUCUUUACUCAUAUCUAAUGCGACAAUAAUUAUAUGACUAGACGUCCCAUAUGCAUGCACGGCAUAUCGUUUUAAUCAUGUUUGGACCCUGCAAGACCCCUAUCUGUGGCAUCAGAACGCAAAUUCGGUACAUGGCUAAUUUUACGCAUAUGAGGAGAGAGACGCAAUCAACAAAAUGAGAUAGAUACCGGUGUCUCACUCUCCGGUCCAGAUCUUUAUGGAAGAGACCUUCAAGAGAGAUCUAGAUCCUUUUUGGUAGUUCAGCACUCAACCGUAGAGCCUCUGAUUGGGCAAGACUCGUGGGAUCCGUGGAACAACACCUUCGUCAUAUGAAUAGAGCUUGAAGAUGUCUAUUAGCAACGGCAGCGCAAUGAACCGAACUUCUUGUUAACGACUACCAUCUCCGCGCUCAGUAUCUGGUAAAAACGUUACUAUUCUCUUGGCAGUUAAUUAGGUACCUACCCAGGUAGGCAGGUAGUAUAAUGGCGUACCUACAAGAGAUAGCAUGAUAAUGAUAUGAAGAGGAGAGAGGGUUACUGACAAUCUUUAGAUAUGGAUAAGUUAGGAUCCUCUAACUUUCUAGCAUGUUCACUAUAGAUUUGGAAUAGCAAAUGAACAACACUUCAGCGACACUUUGAAACUUUUCUUCUUUCUCCCACUCCAGUCUAUCGGGAUGUGGCAGCUUGGAGUCAUAAUAUUAUCCGCCGUAUAUGGCGUGUUCGCCAAACAGAACUGCCCUCUAUACGGGCUAGGGUACCCGAAGCCCACGGAUCUUCUCGGGCGCCCAGAAACCCAGAAAGCAGCAGCAGCUCUAGAUUCCUUGUUCUUUGAAUACUUCGACAAUUCGAAUAAUACCAAAUCUAGCAACUUCUCGUACUCAGUUGAAGUAUUCUCCACGGAAGAUGAAGAACCUCUGUGGUCUCAUUAUCGGACGGCGCCUAAUUUGAAGGGACUCAAUUCUACAGGCGUUGACGAAGUUGAUGGCACUACGGUCUACCGAAUUGGGAGUGUUACGAAGGUGUUUACAAUGUUGACAUUUCUAGCGGAAGUCGGUGAUUCUCUUUGGAACGAACCUAUCACCAAUUAUAUCCCUGAAAUUGCGGCUCUGGUUGACGGUGCUGACAAUUCCCAUUCGAUCUCAACCGCAGAUUGGGAAUCCAUCACACUCGGCUCGCUAGCGAGUCAAAUGUCUGGUCUUGAAAGAGACUAUGCUCUAGUCGGCGAGCUCACGCAAGGAGCGACCGCAGCUCAAGCUGCAGGUCUCGGAUUUCCCAUCAUAGAUGAUGAUGAAAUACCGCCUUGCGGUAACAGACCAGUCUGUAAUAGAACUCAGUUCUUCCAGGGUCUCAAGAAGUUACCUCCUUCAUUUUCACCCUAUAUCACGCCUGCCUACUCAAAUAUCGGAUUCACUCUUCUAGGCUAUGCUCUAGAACAAAUGACCGGGAAACCUUUCAACGAGAUGGUACAAGAUAGAGUACUCAAGCCACUGAAUUUGACUCGCACAUUCUACAGCGCCCCCCAAGAUUCCCUGGGAGUAAUACCCGGUGACCGCUAUAAAACCAACUGGGCUUUUGACCUGGGUAAUGAAUCGCCCACUGGCAAUAUGUAUACAUCGUCUUCGGACUUAUCCCAACUUGGCCGAGAAAUUUUGAAAUCAACGUUGUUACCUCCAACCAUGACACGAAGAUGGCUCAAGCCCGUGGUAUUCAGUUCCGAUCCAAAAUCCGGUAUCGGCAUGCCGUGGGGUGUGCGCCAGUUACCCCUUUCUACAGAUAUGCCAUACCAGUUCGCAACAACUUUCAACAAAGCUGGGACAUUGGGAAAAUACGAUGCACUUCUAGCUAUUAUUCCCGACUUCAACAUCGGCUUCUCCGUCUUAGCGGCAGGUGAUGGCCUUAGCGGAAUAGCGAUGGAUAUGGCGGAUAUACUGUCGAAUGUAUACCUUCCCACUAUGGUGAACACAGCACGUGCCCAAGCCGACGAGGUAUACAGCGGCACGUAUAAGAGCUCAGAACCUGGAGUAAACUCAACCCUUACCGUCGUGGCGGACAGUCAGACCCCUGGGCUAAGCCUAAGCUCUUGGAUAAGCAAUGGCACGAAUUUGAUGUGGUACUCAGUAGUUAUAAGCCAAGGUGUACAAGAGGAAUAUUGGGGAAAGGUCCAGCCGAGCGUCCGACUCUAUCCAACUGGCCUAUGGGAUGCGGUCGCCGACGGCGGAAAGAGAGUGGCGUUCAAAGCCGUAUUCGAGGACUUGAGCUUACGUAAUAUUUCGAAUCCAUUCACAACGGACUGUGUCUCCUGGGUCACUGGUUCAGGUAUCCUGUACGGGUCUAGGCCAUUAGACCAAUUCAUCUUCAACAUCGACGCCACGGGAAAGGUAACAAGCGUGGAGAAUGGCGCGCUAAGGAACAAGUUAGACAAGGUGUAAAUAAUCACUCAUCCGGCUUUUAUCUCGGUGUCGCGAUUACAUACGCUCCGUUCCUCCCCCUAUUUUGUCUUACUCGCCACGGACGUCUUCGAAGGUUUUCCGGGAUUUACCCUGCCGCAUCCGCAUGUAAGCUUGAUUCUGCGGCUUUAACGCGGCCACAAAUUUGACGGGGUCUGUCAAGGGCGGGGAUCCUUUUUUGGAGUCGUGACGGUGACGUCGCAAUCAAGCGGGCGAUCCCAUGAUACGCGAAGGAUCCCGGUCCCGAGAUGAAAGUUUACUUAAGCCCGGUUUUAUCAGCAUUUGUUAAUAUGUAGUCAUGGAAAACCUUUCCAAAUAUUCAGCUGAAAAGCCGCUAUUGCUAGACUUAUAUGCA